GUAGAAAUCCUUCUGGUCAUAUGCAUUCCCUAUCGAGCGAGCUUCCAGAGGCUGGUGGCACCAUUGGCUGGAAGAGUGUUCUGGGAUCUUUGUCUUCCUCAGGCUCCUGACCAUCAUGCCUUAUUUCAAACAGCCUAAGCACCUCCAGAGUCUGAUGCUUCUGCAAUGGCCCUUGAGCUACCUUGCCAUGUUUUGGAUCUUGCAGCCAUUUUUCAUUUACCUGCUAUUUACAUCCUUGUGGCCACUACCAGUGCUUUACUUUGUCUGGUUUUUCCUGGACUGGAAGACCCCAGAGCAAGGUGGAAGGCGUUCAGCUUGGGUAAGGAACUGGUGUGCUUGGACCCAUAUCAAGGACUAUUUCCCCAUUACGAUCCAGAAGACAAAAGAUCUGUCACCUGAGCACAACUACCUCAUGGGAGUUCACCCUCAUGGCCUUUUGACCUUUGGAGCCUUCUGCAAUUUCUGCACUGAGGCCACAGGCUUCUCGAAGAUCUUCCCAGGCAUCACUCCCCACUUAGCCACACUGUCUUGGUUCUUCAAGAUCCCAUUUGUUAGGGAGUACCUCAUGGCCAAAGGUGUAUGCUCUGUGAGUCAGCCAGCCAUUGACUACCUGCUAAGCCAUGGCACUGGCAACCUCGUGGGCAUCGUAGUAGGAGGGGUGGGAGAGGCCCUACAAAGUGUGCCCAACACCACCACCCUCAUCCUCCGGAAGCGCAAGGGAUUUGUGCGCACAGCCCUCCAGCAUGGGGCUCAUCUGGUCCCCACAUUCACUUUUGGAGAAACUGAGGUAUAUGAUCAGGUGCUAUUCCAUAAGGACAGCUGGAUGCACAAGUUCCAGAGCUGCUUCCGCAGUAUCUUUGGUUUCUAUUUUUGUGUCUUCUAUGGACGAGGCUUCCGCCAAGGCUCCACCGGGCUCCUGCCAUACUCGCUGCCUAUCGUCACUGUGGUUGGGGAGCCUCUACCACUGCCCAAAAUAGAAAAACCAAGCCAGGAAAUGGUGGGAAAAUACCACACACUCUAUAUGGAUGCCCUGUGCAAACUGUUUGACCAGCAUAAGACCCAGUAUGGCUGUUCAGAGAACCAAAAGCUGCUUUUCCUGUGACUGAAUGGACUGCAUGGUCAAGAGCAUGUACCUUGGAGAAGAGACUCAUUUGCUGCUAACCAAAAGGGGGAGAAAAGGAGAUAAGGGAAGGCAAUGUGUGGUAGGGGACGGCAUUAGGUAUUCCUUCCUUGCCCCAAAGCCCUUAUAGUUGCUGUCCUGAGGUGCUUCACUCAGUAUUUCUGCAAAAGGAGGCAUCCUGAGGCCCCUCAGGUCCAGCCACAGGCACAGGCAAUCUUCCUACUUCUCCCCGUACUGGCUUUCCUCCCUGAGCCCAACCCCCAAGGUCCUGAAGGACUGAAAUGAAAGCCAAACAACCUGAGUAGCCACCUCUCUUGUUGUUGUUGUUAUUUUGUCAUAAUGCAUUUUCUCAUUGGGAAUUUUUGCAUACCAUAAAUUUAACCUGUUUAAAGUGUAAAAUUCAGUGGUAUUUAGUAUAUUCACAGAGUUGUACAACCACUACCACUAAUUUUAGAACAAUUUUUCAGCACCCCUAAUAAGAAAUCCGGUACACAUUAGCAGUCACUCCCCAUUCCCCUAUCUCCCCCAGCCCCUGGCGACCACUAAUCUACUUUCCAUCUCUACCAAUUUUCCAUUUCUGGACGUUUCAUAUAAAGAGAAUAAUAGACUAUGUGGGUUUUUAGGACUGGUUUCUUUCUCUUAGCAUGUUUCUAAGAUUCUCCCAUGUUGUAGCAUGUAUCAGUACUUCACUCUAUUUAGAGCUGAAUAAUAUUUCAUCGCACAUAUACACAGCAGUUUUUAUUCAUUCACCAGUUGAUGGAGUUUUGGGUUGUUUCCACUUUUUGCCUACUAUGGAUAACACUGCUAUAAACAUUCAUGUAUAGGGUUUUGUGUGGUAAUCGGCUAUCUCCAAAUAUAAAGGCUUACCUUAUCUCCACACCAAUAAGCUAACAAGCAUGCCUUUCAGAUAGAUCAAAAGCAACUUACUCAGGAUUACUUUUCAUUUGGCAGAGGCAUUUCACAUAGGUCACCUUGUCCUCAUGUUGGUCCUCUAACACGAUAAUCCCAAGGUAUUUGCUACCAUCCUAAGAGUAUACUCUGGGGAAUCCACUUUAUAUUUUAAAGUCUUACUAAGUUCUGUUUAAAUGUUUUUUUAAGCUGUAUUCUGAGAAUUUUGAAAGAGUAAAUAAAAAUACAGAUGUCUUUUCCUUCACAAGGAAACCAAUAAAAGACACACUUAAAAACACAGCAAAGGUACACAUCUGAAACUAACAUAGUAUUAUAGUAUUCUAUUAUAGUAUUGACUAUACUAAAAAAAAACAUAUCAAAGGAUCAAAAGUUAAAAGACCAUUUAGAAACCCAUACAACUUAAUAUCAAAAAAUCAAAUAAUAUGAUUUUAAAGUGGGCAACGGACUUAAAUAGACAUUUUUCCAAAGAAGAGACAUCCAAAUGGCCAACAGCUACAUAAAAAGAUGCUCAACAUCACUAAUCAUCAAGGAAAUGCAAAUAAAAACCACAAUGAGAUAUUACUUCAUACCUGUUAGAAUGACUACUAUCAAAAAGAAAAAAGAUAAGUGUUGGCAAGGAUUUGGAGAAAAACGAAUCUUCUUGCACUAUUGAUGGGAAUGUAAAUUGGUGCAGCCACUGUGGAAAAUUGUAUGGAGGGUCCUCAAAAAAUUAAAAGUAGAGCUAUCUUGUGAUUCAGGAAUCCUACAUCUGGGUAUACAUAGGAAGUGAAAUAAUUAUCUUGAAGAGAUAUCUGCACCCCCAUAUUCUGUGCAUCAUUAUUCACAAUAGCCAAGACAUGGAAACAGCCUAAGUGUCCAUUGAGAGAUGAAUGGAUAAAUAAGAUGUGGAAUAUAAUAGAAUAUUAUUCAUCAAAAAAAGAAGGAAAUCCUGCCAUUUGCAACAACAUGCAUGGACCCUGAAAGCAUUAUACUAAGUGGAGUAAGUCAGACAGAAAAAGGCAAAAGCAGUAUGAUCUCACUUAUAUGUAGGGGAAAAAAAGCCAAACUCAUAAAAACAGUGUAUUGAAUGGUGAUUUCCAGGGCCUGAAGAAUGGGGAAAAUGGGGAGAUAGUGGUGAAUGAAUACAAACUUCCAGUUAUAAGAUGAAUAAGUUCUGGGAACCUAAUGUACAGCAUGGUGAUUAUAAUUAAUAAUAAUGUAUUAUAUAUUGGAAAAUUGUUAAGAAAGUAGAUCUUAAAUGUUCUCACCAAAAAAAUUAUGAUUAUGUGAGGUGAUGGAUGUGUUAACUAACCUCAUUGUUAUCAUGUUGCAAUAUAUAUGUGUAUCAAAUGUUGUACACCUUAAACUUACACAAUGUCAGUUAUAUACCAAUAAACUGAAAAAAAGGGGAAAUUUUA